CCGACGAAGGCUGCAACUGUGGAACGCACCGUUACGUGCACACGAAAACGAUAACAAAACGAAACGAAACGGAACAUGCUACAUUGAAUACCAACAUAUUAUAUAAUAUAUACAUUUUUUACAGGAAUUCGAGGCGGUUUGACACAAGCAAGUAUGAGGUAUGCAGGUAAUAAUCUGUACGGUUGGGCAAUGUCACAACACAUGCCCUAUGGUGGUUUUAAGUGGGUUGAACCUAAGCUAGAAGGGCUGAAUGAUUUGAACGAUACAUCACCCAUCGGACGGAUAUAUGAAGUUGACAUUACUUAUCCGAAAGAACUCCAUGAUAAACACAACGACUUACCUUUCCUACCACAAAACGGUAUCCCAGCUGGUUCAAAAGUUAAAAAACUCAUGGCAACACUUCAGUCGAAAAAAAACUAUAUUAUUCAUUACCGAAACCUCCAACAAGCUAUAGCCAAUGGACUCAUAGUUGAAAAAGUUCAUAGAGUAGUUCAGUUUAAUCAAUCGCCAUGGCUGGCUCCAUACAUAGCACUAAACACAAAGAUGCGAAAAAAAAGCAGCAAAUGACUUUGAGAAAGACUUUUUCAAACUUUUAAAUAAUGAGGUUUUUGGGAAAACCAUGGAGUUUAUGCGGAAAAGAAUAAAAAUGGAACUGGUGUCUAGUGAUCGUCGUUUACAAAAACUGAUAAAUCAAUCAACAUUCAAACACUGUACUACAUACAAUGAAACUCUAAAUGCAGUUGCAUUAGAAAACAAAAUCAUUGAUUUUUGUAAACCUAUUUAUAUAGGUUUUGCAGUGCUGGAAAUUUCCAAGUAUUUAAUGUAUGACUAUCAUUAUAACGUAAUGCAGAAACAUUAUGAUGAUAAAAUUGGGCUCAUGUAUACAGAUACAGAUUCAUUGGUAUACUAUAUUCAAACUGAUGAUUUUUACAAUGAUCUGUUGAACAAUCCCAACUUGUUGAAUCGAAUGGACACUGCAAAUCUACCCCGUGACCACCCGUGUUACAUUGCUGAGAGAAAGAAGAUUCCUGGGCUAUUUUCUGAUGAAACCGAUGGACGUAUUAUGAGAGAGUUUUGUGCUCUCCGUGCAAAUACCUACACUUACAUUUUAGAAGAUAAGGAGAAAAUCAAAGCAAAAGGAAUCCGUGGACAUGUUGUUAGAAACCAUAUGACCUUUCAAGAUCAUAAACGGUGUUUGUUUGGUGAUACCAGUUUGGAAGUAACAACGUCAAACGUCUCUAUCCGUUCAUUCAAGCACAAAUUAAAGACCAUCAAAUCCAAUAAAUUAACUUAUAACAGUUUUGAUGAUAAAAGAGUUAUACUUGAAGACAAAGUACACACCCUAGCUUAUGGACACUAUUCUAUAUAGUGAGUAUAUAAAUAUAUAUAUAUAUUUUAAUAAUUUUUUGAAUUUUGUAGGGAGGAACUUGAAGCAGAACUAGAUAGUUGUAUUUUUUGUAAAAAUUAUUUCUGUAUAAUUUUUUAUACUUGUUUAAUUUUUGUAAAUAUUUUUUCUAUAAAUUAUUUCUGUAUACGUAAUAUCUAGAAUUAAAUUUUUCCUAUAUCAUAUUUUUGUACUUGUAUAUUUUACUAUAAAUCAUUUUCUUUGUAAAUAUUAUUGCUAGUAUGGUAUAGAAAUAAAACUCAAUUUUGAAAUAAAAAUUAUUUCUGUAUACAUAAUAUCUAGAAUUAAAUUUUUCCUAUGUCAUAUUUUUGUACUUGUAUAUUUUACUUUAAACCAUUUUCUUUGUAAAUAUUAUUGUUAGUAUGGUAUAGAAA